GCCAAGCGGAUAAUUGAGUUGCAGUUUCAAAAACUAAAAAUUAAAUAGAACGUCAAAAUAAUGUGUUUUAAAUACAUGGGCUUCCCGCUGCUCCUGGUAUUCAGCACUUUGGGACUGGUACGAGCUGCGUUGGAAACUCGUCUGGAAUUUAUCACAAAAGUUGAAGGAGACUCUGAAACGCUGUUCGAAUUCAACUUUCGACUUCUCGGACGUGAACACCUUCUAAACGGGACAAUGGUUUUCCACGUCGACUUGGAUAACAAAUUCGAAUUGUCAAACGAAUUAUUUGAACAUCACGAUGGAGCGUGGAGGCCCUCGACUAUUGGCGUUUGUUAUAAGGCCUGCGUAUAUUUGAGGACUAUUUAUGACAAGUAUUUUUCGCUUUCUUCUAUGGGUUCAAAUUUUCCAAGUCGUACCUGUCCGGUCAAAAAGGGUGAAUAUUAUGUAAGAAACGAAGGCGUGUCCGCCGAUUCUUGGGCAAAUUAUGCCAAAACUGGUUUAAACAAGUUCAUAUUGAAGAUAAAAAAGAAUAACAUAGUAUAUGGUGGAUUUGAAGCUAUUUUAGUUUUAACAGAGAAAGGCACCUAGCUUGCUUUU